GCAACCGCCAAAUAGUUAUAGAGCAUAAAAGUUUAUUAUAAUUCAAUGGUAAAGUUUACACGAUUGUAAUUUAAAUAAAUUUAUAAAAUGCCUGCCGAUUCUAACAUUAUUGUAACGGGAGAUGAGAGAGAAAACACAAUACAAUUUCAAAGUCUCCCGGAGAGAUCGAAACAUGAAGAUUUUUUUAGACGGGCGGUUGAUCUGUUGGUGGAGCGAGUAGUUUUCGGCAGAGCAUCUAGGAGUUCGAAGGUUGUGGAGUGGGCAGCUCCUGAAGAUAUCAAGAAGGCUAUAGAUUUGAAGCCUCGGGAUGGACCUGCGACUCAUGACGAGCUCCUGGCAUUCAUGGCUGAUGUCGCCCGCUAUUCCGUUAACACAGCACACCCGUACUUCGUCAACCAGCUUUUCUCAUCCGUUGAUCCUUACGGUCUUAUUGGCCAGUGGUUGACUGAUGCUCUCAAUCCUAGCGUAUAUACUUUCGAAGUUGCUCCGGUUUUUACCCUUAUGGAAGAAGAGGUUCUACGAGAGAUGAGAGCGAUCGUUGGAUGGUCUAAUGGAGAAGGUGAUGGGAUCUUUUGUCCAGGCGGUUCUAUAGCUAACGGAUAUGCUAUAAGUUGUGCCCGAUACCAUUUCUAUCCAGAAACCAAGAGCAAAGGUGUUUACGCAGUACCGAAUUUAGUGAUCUUCACGUCUGAGCUUGCUCAUUAUUCAACGAGAAAAAUGGCUGCCUUUAUGGGUAUUGGUAACGACAACUGUAUUGCGAUAAAAUCCGACGAAUUGGGUAAAAUGGAUGUGGAAGACUUGGAAAAGAAAAUCAACGAAACAAUUGAAAACGGUUCUACUCCUUUUAUGGUCACUGUCACGUCUGGUACAACUGUGUUUGGAGCCUUUGAUCCAAUAGUGCCUGUGGCUAAUUUGUGCAAGAAGUACAGUCUUUGGUUACACGUAGAUGCGGCAUGGGGAGGGGGUGCUCUGAUGUCGAAAAAACAUAGACAUCUUUUAAAUGGUAUUGAAUUGGCGGAUUCUAUUACAUGGAAUCCACACAAGCUGUUAGCUGCACCACAACAAUGCUCCACAUUUCUGACAAAACACAAACGAGUUCUCGAAGAAGGACACUCAUCCAAUGCAAAAUAUCUCUUCCAAAAAGAUAAAUUUUACGAUACUUCAUAUGACACUGGCGACAAACAUAUUCAGUGCGGACGAAGAGCUGACGUUUUGAAAUACUGGUUUAUGUGGAAGGCGAAAGGUACCGAAGGUUUUGAGAAACAUAUCGACAAACUCUUUGACAAUGCUAAAUUCUUCCUUGAGCAUAUUAAACACAGAGAAGGCUUUCGGCUCGUUCUCGAGAAGCCAGAGUGUACUAAUAUCAUGUUCUGGUACGUUCCUAAGUGUCUACGAGGUUGGGAAAACGACCCAACCUACAAUGAAAGGUUGCAUAAGGUCGCACCGAAAAUAAAAGAACGAAUGAUAAAAGAAGGGAGUAUGAUGGUCACGUAUCAACCACAAGGUGAUCUCGUAAAUUUUUUCCGCAUAGUUUUUCAAAACUCAGCGCUCGAUCACAAGGAUAUGGUCUACUUCGCUAACGAGUUCGAACGCCUGGGAUCGGAUAUAAUCGUCUAGAUUACUUAGAUAUAAACAAUGUUUGAAUAAUCUUGCAUUAUCCAACGUGUAAUGUUAUUUCAUCAUUUAGCCUGUGAUUUUUAUUUAUAAAUGUCUUUUUUUAUUUGUAAAAAUAAAAUUACCAUAUCCUGCAUUAUAUCAAUUAGUUUAUAAUAUUAUAUUAAAACAUAUUUAUUACGAAAA